CUUACAAAAAAAAGAGAGGCCAAAAGCACGCACGCAGCCUGGCGGAGGAGUGUCUCCACGCACGCUAGGUUACCGCCGCCGCCACCGCCACCGCCACCGCCACCGCCGCCGGCCGCCUCCACCCGCCGCCGCUGCGGGCCUGCUGCAUCCGCCUCCCCGUACGCCUCCUCCGUCGCCCCGUCUCCUUCACUAGCAAAACCCUAAACCCUGGAAGCGGAAGCGAGGCUUCAAGGCCACGGCUCGUACCUUGUGGCGGCAAUGGCGAAGGUCCCUGCCGGCGAGUGGGUCCCCCACGUUGAGGCCUUCGUUGACGUCUCCCGCUCCCCCGCCCAGCACUCUGCGGGCGUGGAUGCUCUUGCAGCCUUGGUCAACAAGGACAAGCUGACGCUCUUCGAUUUGGUGUCUAAGAUGGACAUGUAUUUGACGACAACAGACCACAUUGUUAGAGCAAGAGGAAUACUGCUUCUGGGGCAAAUCAUGUCUCACAUUUCAUUUAAAUGGUUAGAUGUCAAUGCCAUCACAACAUUGUCAGACUUCUUUAUAUCAAGAUUGUCGGAUUGGCAAGCACUGCGGGGAGCUCUUGUUGGAUGCUUGGCUCUAUUGCACAGAAAAUCAUCUGUUGGCACUAUUAUGGUUGCUGAUGUCAAAAGACUAGUUGAGGCUUUCAUAGCUGAUGUUCAAGUACAGUCACUUGCAGCUGCUGACCGCAAGAUGUGCUUUGAAAUUUUUAGCUGGAUACUUGAUCACUACCCAGAAGCUGUCAAGACAAUGGAUGAUGAAUUGCUAUACUGGAUCUGUCAAUCAAUCGAUGAAGAAAAAGACCCAGAGUGCUUGAAGCUUUCUUUUCAUGUGGUGGAAGUUGUCAUGAAGCUGUUCCCAGACCCAUCUGGUAUCGCAGACCAAUUUGCAAGUGACCUUUUUGAGAUUCUGAGCAAAUAUUUUCCUGUUUACUUCACACAUGGAGCCGGUGAUAAUUUAGGUGUUACAAGAGACGAACUUUCUAGGGCAUUGAUGCAUGCCUUUUGUACAAGUCCAUAUUUCGAGCCCUUUGCCAUCCCAUUGCUUCUAGAUAAACUUUCUUCCGAUCUUCCAUUAGCAAAGCUUGAUUCCUUGAAAUAUUUGGACAAUUGCAUUCACUGCUAUGGAGCUGAUAGAAUGGUUACACACGCAUCAGCUAUUUGGUUUAAGUUGAAAGAAGUACUUUUUAGCCUUUCUUCAGAUCAACUUUUAUCAUCAGGGUCACCUAAAGAUGCAGAGAAUAAUAAGAAUCAAAUAAUAUCAGAAGCUGAACAUUGCUUGAAGACUGCUGUUACAUAUAUACAUUCUUCGGAUAGAGAUAUUUUCAUCAAUUUGAUCUUGUUGGAUGAGGAUAUUGUGAAUAACAUCCAUUCUGUAACAACUGAAGAGAACUCCAUCGGUAGUUCACUGCAAGCCCUUGGAAGUGUCGUUUCUAUUCUUGCUGGGUCAUCUACAUAUUUGUGCACUAGAGUUUUUCAAGCACAUUUUAAACGCUUGGUGGAUAUUUUGGGAAACUCAGCUGGUUUUGAUUCUCAACACCUGAGCAUCGCCAAUGGAUCAUCUCCUGCUUCUAUUAACUAUGGAGCUCUCUAUUUAUCUGUUCAAAUGCUUUCAUCCUGCCGAGAAGUCGCUGUUGCAUCUCGAGAAGGCGUCCCAGCAGAGGAGUCCUGGUGGCUUAUCUUAGAGGAAAAGCUGGAUCAAAUCAUCCAUCUUUUCGGAAAAUUGCUGACUAUUGAUUCUCAGCCUACCCAGUCAGCAGUCAGAAAAGAAUGUAUUUCGUUUGCUGUGAAGGGUUUGCUGAUACUUGCAACUAUCCCGGAACAAUGUUCACUUCUACUGGAAAAUGCUUAUGAGAAUAUUUUGCUGAUGCUUACCUUAGUAAUUACAAGCAAGUAUGAAAAUGCACAUUUGUGGAGAUUAUCAUUGAAAACAUUGACUAGCAUUGGCUCAUCUGCUGUGGAAUUACAUGCUUCUAAAAGAGAAAUGGUUUACAAUAGAAUUGUUGUCGACAAGAUAAUUCGUUUGGCUGAAUCUUGUGAUGCAUCGAUGCCUCUGAAUCUAAGACUUGAAGCAUGUUUUGAAGUUGGCACCGCUAGUGUGAACUAUAUGUUAAGGGUUGCCAGAUCACUUGAAGAAACUGUCAUCACAAAUAUCUCUCAGGUUAAUGGAAGUAUAGAAUGUGCGGACUAUGUAACCUGUCUGAUUGAUUUUUACUCUAGUCGUCUCCUUCCUUGGUUCUUUACUUCCGGUGGUCUCAAUGAACUUGCUUUGAGCUUUGCUCUGCGUCUCUGGGAUGAGAUUGGGGACUUGGUUACUCUGGACCGAAUCAUAUCACAGGGUCUUCUUGACUCACUAAUGAUGGGAAUGAAGUUAUUAGUCAGAGUCUGCACAGAGGAACAACAGUCGUUGAUUGUUCAGAAAGCAUGCGGUAUAGUAUCAUCGAUGCUGUCUCUCCCAGUGAAAGCAUUAACACGCCAUCUUUUGUCUGUUGACGAGUUAGUUCCUGCACACUCUGUUCAAGAUACAGCUCUUGUGUGUAUGCUUUCAUCAGUCAUAGUUGGUCUUUGGCCUCAAACACCUGUACCAGAAAUGAUGAUGAUGAUUAACCUCUUUUCGGUCUUUCUACUGAAUGGGCAUAUACCAGCUGCUCAUGCAUUAGCUUCUAUUUUCAAUAAAUAUCUACAGAAUUCAGAGUUCUCACACGAGAUUAAGCUGGAUAAAAUACUUGAUGUUAUUCUUGGGGGAUGUUUCUCAAUUGUAUUACCCAGCAGCAAUUUGAAGAUGUCUUGCUCUCCUGCUGCCACUUUGGAUAAUGCUAACUUCUCAGACAGCUUGCCUGGAAGCAUAGGUUCAAAGAUUGAUAUCUUAUGUGGCUUGGCAUGGAUUGGCAAAGGAUUGCUUAUGAGAGGAGAUGAGAAAGUGAAGGAAAUUUCAUUGUUUCUUCUUAAAUGCCUCUCAUCAGAUGCUUCUCUAGCAACAGCUGCAGCUGAUGCAUUCCAUGUGAUGAUGGGUGAUUCAGAAGUCUGCCUAAAUAAAAAGUUCCAUGCAAGAAUAAAGUUUUUGUAUAAGCAGCGUUUUUUCUCAAUACUGAUGCCAAUAUUUCUCUCUAAACUUAAGGAGACCUCUGAGCUGACAACAAAAUUGGUGAUAUAUCGAGCAUUCGGACAUAUUAUUACCAAUGCUCCAGUGUCAGCAGUUAUAACAGAAGCCCAUCAGAUUUUGCUCGUGAUGAUUGAUAUCUUAGCCAAAUUGAGUGUGGAUAUUCAGGAUAAAGAUCUAGUGUAUAGUUUGUUGCUUGUUUUAUCUGGAAUGCUGAUGGAUGAAAAAGGCAAAGAAUGCAUUGUGGAAAAUAUCCGCAUCAUUAUCAGUGUACUUGCACAACUUGUUUCCUAUCCUCACAUGAUGGUUGUUCGGGAGACUGCCUUGCAAUGUUUUGUUGCCAUGUCUAGCUUUCCCCACUCAAAAGUUUAUCGCAUGCGAUCACAGGUCCUACAAGCAGCAAUCAAGGCUCUUGAUGAUAAGAAAAGGGCUGUUCGCCAAGAGGCUGUUCGAUGUCGACAAACAUGGCAAUCAUCAUUUGCUUAAGGUAGUCUUUCUCCCGCCACUGCAUCAUAGUUUGGAAUUACUCACUGAACAGAUCAUGUUAGAGCUUGAUAAGUAUUGAGAUGUGUGAUAGGUUGUGGUAGCCCGUAGGGUGGUAGAGGACAAUGCGGCUCAUUCUGCCUUUGAAAUGCUUUUGGACUGUGUAAGUUCUGGCGGGAGGUGAGUUCUUAGGAGGAAAUUUGGCGAACCACAGUUGGAUGGUGUAUGUCAGUGCAUUGGGUUCAAUCUGGCUGACCGCUCUUCCGUCCCUUUUUCCUUGUAUUUAUCAUGAAUGGACAUUUAUAGGACCAGUUCGUGAAUGUAUCUCCGGUUCUCCUCACUAUGCAUUGCAUUUGUCUCUCAAGUCGGGAGAAUGCAAGUCAGAUAUGGCCCGAGUGCUGAUUAUCAUGUAAAGUUGUUCAACAUACCCAAAUAGUUUUUCUAAGCCGUGAGUUCCCUAGGUAUGCUCAGCUAUAUAACUAUAUAUGAUUAUGUUCAAAGUC